GAAAAAGAAAAGCAAAAAAACCCAACAUGUAUCGGGUUCGGAUCGUGCUACUUGGAUCCGACCCGUUUCCGUUCCGAACGACGUUCUCUUCGCUCCCGCUUCUCUCACUCUCCGACUCAUCUCCUCCUCCUUCCCCCACCCUCUAUACAUCCGAAACCCUAACCCUAGCCAUGGCGAUUUGUCUUAAGCGAGCUCUCACAUCGAGGGCCCUCCUCUUCCUCCGCGGAGCUCGCCAUUUGAGCGGCCUCUCGCCCCUCUCCGCUCCAGCUCCCCACGGAUCGCGAAGAAGAGAUGAUCGUCCUAGUUUCGACCUCCAACUUAGCUUGUUCGAUCGAUCGGUCUCCGAUUUCUACUUCUUGAAUCGGAGGGGUUUCGCGAAAGGAAGGAAAUCGAAGAAUGAGGAUGAAGGUGAUACAGUUCAAGUUGUUCCUGAUAUCGGACCAACUGUCAAAUCAACUGCUCUUUCGCAAAUGGAGGCUGCUAUUGUUGCUUUAUCACGGGAAUUGAGUAAGCUCCGUACAGGAAGGGCGUCCGCAGGUAUGCUUGAUCAUAUUAUGGUGGAGACAGGAGGUGCAAAAAUUUCCUUGAAUCGUGUAGCUGUUGUUUCUGUCAUAGAUCCACAGACCCUAUCAGUUACUCCAUAUGAUCCUAACUCUCUGAAGGCAGUGGAACAUGCGAUCAUUUCAUCUCCAUUGGGAAUAAAUCCAACACCAGAUGGCCAAAGGAUAAUUGCACCUGUUCCGCCAUUGACGAAGGAGAAUAUGCAGGCACUCUGUAAGGUGGUUACUAAAUGUGCUGAAGAUGUUAAACAGAGUAUAAGAAGAGCACGGCAAAAGGCUCUGGACUCGACAAAGAAAGCUUCUUCCAAUAUGUCCAAAGACGACAUAAAACGGCUUGAAAAGGAGGUCGACGAGAUGACGAAGCGGUUUGUAAAGUCCGCAGAUGAUAUGUGCAAGGCUAAGGAGAAGGAAAUCACUGGAAACUGAUACUACAAAUUUCUGCCCUCCUUUUAUUCAAGGUAAUUGAAUGGAAUAUGGAAUAUUUACGCACCAAUUGUUACCACCCAAGUAUAGUUAGAGUUAACAGAUUUGCUUUCUAGAGGGUUAUAGAGGUCAUUGCAAACAGGAUUAAGUCGAAAACAUUUUAAGAGUUUCUUUGUUCGAGAACUGCAGUUUUGUGUUUUAUCUCGAGUCUUUCUUUCGUCGAGAACGGAAGGAGAAAUGAGAAACUGAGAGGUUUGUGCAAUGUUUGUAUUGAAUUUAUCGCGUAUAAGGGUAACAAGUUGCAUAAUUAAUAAGUAGGCAUUUCACUUGUAUCAUUUGAUGGCACCGGGCAAAGGCACCGUGCUUGGACGAUCAAAUACUCGUGUCAUCGCAUUUUAUCACGACUGCAGUUUUUCAUUUAAGAUACUCUUGGUAAUUUGA